AUGGCCGAAUGCUACGAUAUCGUUAUUGUAGGCGCUGGCCCGGUAGGGCUCAUGAUGUCAGCAUGCCUCUUGCGCUUGGGACCUUACAAAAUCAAGCACAUUGACCAACGGUCCGGGCCGACAGAGACUGGGCGCGCCAGUGGGAUCCAGGGGCGGACUCUCGAUGUGUUGCAAAAUCUGGAUCUCAAACGUGCCAUCAUGUCCUAUAACCCAGGCCGAAUCUACGAGGUUGCAUUCUGGGAUUCUUCUAAGGACGGGCCCGGAAUUCGACGCACGGGAACGGCGAAGAGUUAUCCUGACUACAUCGAUACCAGACAUCCAUUUUCUACUAUUAUCCACCAAGGCCUGAUUGAAAAGGUAUUCCUGGAUGAUCUAAGGGAACGAGGGGCUGAGGUCGAGAGGACGUGGACCAUCGCAGGGUUUAGGAAAGACCCGUGCAGAGAAUAUUCCAACCACCCACUGGUAGUGGAUCUCGUCAGCGCUGACGGUACAAGGCGAUUGACUGUACGAACGAAAUACUUGUUCGGUGCAGAUGGAGCACGAAGCCGAGUGAGAGAUCUUCUUGGGGUGCCGAUGUUGUCGAAAGAUCCAACAAUCCAUGUAUGGAGUGUCAUUGAUGGGGUGGUAAAAAGCGACUUCCCAGAUAUUCAGAUUAAAUGUACCGUCCAUUCGCCCAAAGGGUCAGCUAUGAUAAUUCCUCACGGAAACAACCGAGUUCGUAUUUAUGCUCAGAUCUAUCCCAAAGAUGGAGAGGAACCUCUCGCAUUUGCGACUGUGCCCAAGAUCCAGCAGGUGGCCAAUGAAAUUCUUGCUCCAUAUAAAGUGGAGUGGGAAAAAGUGGAGUGGCACUCUGCAUACCGAAUUGGACAAGGACUCGCUGCAAAAUAUUCGCUCGAUGAGCGAGUCUUUAUUGGCGGAGACGCAUGCCAUACCCACAGUCCUCAUCUCCUACAGCCCAAAGCCGGUCAGGGUAUGAACUAUGGUUUCCUAGAUGCACACAAUCUUGCGUGGAAACUGCACCUAGUUGAAGCUGGCUUUCUCCGCCGCUCCCUUCUGAAAACAUACGAAGGGGAAAGGAAGCUCGCAGCAGCAAAGCUGAUUGAGUUCGAUGCGACAUACGCAAACUUGUUUAGUUCUCAUCGGCCCAUUAGCGGUAAUAGUUCUGCUCCGAGCUCGGAAUUUGUCCAGGUAUUCAAGCAGAACUCGCUCUUGACGAGUGGUUACGGUGUCGAAUAUCCCGCCAACAGCCUGACCUGGGCUUCAACAAUUUGCUCGACCGACACAACAACCCUACGUCCGGGUCGCAGCUUACCUACCGCAACCGUAACAAGAGUUAUUGAUGCCCAUCCAGUCUACCUGGAACAGGAAAUCCCUUUCAACGGUAGCUAUCGGAUUUACAUAUUUGCGGGCAACCCCGUAACCACCUCGCAGGCGAUGUUUGAUCUCGCCGACCAUUUGCAGGCCAAGGGUAGCAUUUUCCACCGAUACCAGCGGAAGGACAUCGAUACCUCUUACGAGGGGAGACACAAUCCCCACUCCCCAUUUUUCACCUUUUCGAUUGUCUUUCAUGCACCACGAUCAACAAUUGAGAUCCAGGAGAGACUUCCGUACUAUUUCGCCUGCUAUAGACACCACGUUUAUGCGGAUGAUCGUGAAUCGUCGCGGGUAGCUGAGAUUGCAGAGAGUAACGCUCACCGCAAGAUGGGCUUCGAUGCGGACAGGGGUGGUAUAGUCGUCGUACGCCCCGAUGGGUAUGUUGGGUGUAUCUUAGAGCUCACUGAUGGACGAGCGAGUGCUUCAGCUCUGAACGAUUAUUUUGAGGCAUUCGUGCCACCAACGGAACAUGGUGCCGUGGCGCCAAGGCUAUAAAACUACGCCAUAGGUGGUGUGAGAAAUUGAGGUGGUGGGAGCGCUCAAUGAGCAGGAUAUUGAAAGAUUAGAUAGCACUAUUAAGGCCUUCAUGAGCACAUUUCCAUCUAGGAGAUCUCCUUCAGUCUGGAUUAUGUAAUAAAAAACAAAUCAAAGAGAAAAAAAAAAGUUACACGAGGGCACGCCUAGAGUAAAACUAUUGGCUCCCAGGAAAAUGAGGAAAGGAAAAGGCGAAACCAAAGAGGAGGUAUAACAAUACAGUCGAGAGAUUAUAAUUGCAUUCCCGAUUUGUAUGUAGCCAGUUCUGCGAAGUAACAUUCCAAAAUCUCCCUA